AUGCCCCUGCCGGAUCAUUCCUGCAAAGUCAUCAACCUGGAAAGCGGCUACGCAAGAGAGAACCGAAACUGGGUCAUCAGUCGCUUGCUCCGGGACAACGAGAUAUACAUGGCGAAGAAAGCGAAAAGUAGACCCGACCUUGGCCGCGCACUCAGGGUCGCCAUUUACGAGCCGUCACCGCUGCCACCCCAGACCCAUUUCAUGAAAGGCACCCACAGACUCAGCACAUUGCUUCAGUUUGCCGUUGCUUCCAUACCAUGCCUGCUAUACGGGCACCCGGACGUCCUGCUCUUGACCAUCUUCGGCACCGCCAUGGCUCUCGUCACGGGCGCACUUCCCCAGUGGAAAGCCGAGAAACUUCCCGAGGAGGCGAGGUCCGAGAAAAAGAAGACGAUAGCCAUUACGGCCGGAAAUGGCCACAAAGAUGUCAUCCUCCUGCGGAACAUUGGCUCGCGCUUCGAUCUUGAGGCUCUCUCCACGUUCGACGGCCCCUGCCAAGCGAAGCCCUGGCGGCACGUCGGCUUCUUCACUGACAAAGGCCCCGGCAAAAACACCAACGUUUGGACACUUCACGGGAUGCCCUGGGAUUUUCUGCUGACCUGCUUCGUUUACGUUACGUUCACAGCGGGCUGGCUAGUACUGCUGAUCCUUGCAGCUGGCCUCCAGACCAGGUCCUGGUAUCUGCUUAUUGUCUGCCUUAUCGGAACGGCCCAGAAUGCUCUCGUUGCCGGGAAGAGUCUGCACCCCCAAGACCAACCUAUCCCUCUGAUCCUUCGGGACGAGAUCCUCGGAAACAAAGUCAUGGAUUCUCUCAUGGAUCUUCAAGUUACGCUUGAGGCCGAUCCUCUAUCCAUUGAUGCCAAAACCUCCAUCGUGCAGUCUCUACGCGAGAUAUACUUCCCAGGACGCCCGAGGGAAUGGAACGGCGAAAUCGAAUGGUGGGAAGGCCAGAGGAACAAAUACGACGAGCUUCGGAUUGCAGACAAGAAAAUUUGCAGAGGAAAACCGCGCAGUCGUUGGUUUUCAACCACAAAGGAAAAGGAAGCCUUGGCGACCAGGUCUCAACCUGAAAUUCCUGAGACACAUGGGCAAUGCUUGUCCGACAACAAUGAAGGCAAUACGAAAGACAAAAUCCACUCGCCAGCAUCGGGUGGUCAAGGUGAUGACGUAGAAAUUCUAUAA